GGGACCGGGGAUGUGAUUGCAGUGCAGGGCAAUAGGCAGCAGCGCAGGACGACAGGCAGCCGGAUUGACACAUUGCUGGAGAGAAAACUCAGUGUGAUCAGAGAAGAUAGUGUUUCUCUGGUAGAAACUAAAGAUGGCGGGAAAGAUAACUAAAGAUGAGAUGGAGGAGCUCAGAGAGGCCUUCCAGAAAGUUGAUACUAACAGUAAUGGUUUUAUCUGUGACUUGGAGCUGACUAACCUGUUUAAAGAAGCCAACCUACCGUUGCCGGGAUACAAGGUCAGAGAGAUCAUUAAAAAACUGGACCGCAACAAAGACAACCAGAUCAGCUUCGACGAGUUCCUCUCUAUCGCCAAGGAGCUGAAGGGUGAUGACAUAGCUAAGAGCUUCAGGAAGGCCAUCAACAGGAAGGAGGGGAUUCUGGCUAUAGGAGGAACCAGUGAGCUGUCUAGUGAAGGAACACAACACUCAUUCUCAGAGGAGGAGCGUUAUGCGUUUGUUAACUGGAUCAAUGCAGCGCUGGAGAAGGACCCUGACUGUAAACACGUCCUCCCUAUGAACCCCAACACCCCCAACAGUCUGUUCACUGCGGUAGGAGACGGCAUCGUCCUCUGUAAGAUGAUCAACCUGUCAGUCCCAGACACCAUUGAUGAGAGAACCAUCAAUAAGAAGAAGCUAACUCCUUUCACUAUACAGGAGAAUCUCAACCUGGCUCUGAAUUCUGCCUCUGCUAUUGGUUGUCAUGUAGUGAACAUCGGAGCUCUGGACCUGAGAGAGGGGAAACCACAUCUGGUACUGGGCCUGCUGUGGCAGAUCAUCAAGAUAGGACUGUUCGCUGAUAUAGAACUCAGUAGGAACGAAGCCCUAGCUGCGUUGCUGCGUGAGGGAGAGAGUCUGGAGGAUUUGAUGAAGCUGUCUCCUGAAGAGCUUCUGCUUCGCUGGGCUAACUUUCACCUCCAGAAUGCAGGCUUCAGCAAGAUCAACAACCUCUCCUCUGACAUCAAGGACUCGAGGGCUUACUAUCACCUGCUGAACAUGAUCGCUCCUGACGGCAGCAAAGAGGGCGGGCAGCGCAUUGAAAUCAACAUGUCUGGAUAUAAUGAGAAAGAUGACCUGCGUCGGGCAGAGAGCAUGCUGGUUCAGGCUGACAGAUUGGGCUGUAGACAGUUUGUGACCCCUACUGAUGUGGUCAGUGGAAACCCCAAACUCAACCUGGCCUUCGUGGCCAACCUGUUUAAUAAAUACCCAUCACUCACCAAGCCUGAGGGGCAGGACCUGGACUGGGCCAAACUAGAGGGUGAGACGAGAGAGGAGAGAACCUUCAGGAACUGGAUGAAUUCUCUGGGAGUCAACCCUCAUGUUAACCAUAUAUACGGUGAUCUGUUAGAUGCGCUGGUCAUCCUCCAGCUGUAUGAAAGGAUUAAGGUUCCAGUGGACUGGGACCACAAGGUGAACCGGCCGCCCUACCCCAAGCUAGGGGCCAACAUGAAGAAGCUGGAGAACUGUAACUAUGCAGUGGAACUCGGGAAGGCCAAGGCAGGGUUCUCUCUGGUCGGCAUCGGAGGACAGGACCUUAACGACGGAAACCCCACCCUCACCCUGGCUCUGGUCUGGCAACUGAUGAGGAGAUACACUCUGAAUGUUCUGGAGGACCUUGGACAUGGAGAGGCUGCUAAUGAUGACCUCAUCAUCAACUGGGUCAACAGAACCCUGACUGGAGCCGGGAAGAGCUCCAAGAUCUCCAGCUUCAAGGAUCGUGGUAUCAGCAGUAGUCUUCCUGUCCUGGACCUGAUUGACUCCAUCCAGCCACGCAGCGUGAACUAUGACCUUGUCAAGACUGGAAUGCUCUCCGACGUCGACAGAUUGGACAAUGCCAAGUACGCUGUGUCCAUGGCGAGGAAGAUCGGAGCUCGUGUGUACGCCCUACCAGAGGACCUGGUGGAGGUGAAACCCAAGAUGGUGAUGACCGUAUUCGCCUGCCUCAUGGGACGGGGUAUGAAGAGGGAAUAACACGUCAGCCACGCCAUCAGCCUGUGCCUCAGCCUCUAGCCUGUUUGCUAAAAGGUUUAAACAAUGAAAACAGCCAUAUUAUAUUAGAUACAUAUUGAAUGAAUGACAGCGGCCAUAUUGCUCCACAGCUGAUUUGAUGACUCUGUAUAUCUGCCUUUAACUUAAGACACUGUGUCACACUGUAUGUGAUGCUGUAGUUUUUCUUUGACCUCUGUGGUGAACUUUAGACUGGACUAUGGUUGUUAUAGGACAUGUCAUGUGGGGGAUGACUGGAAUCGCUCUCACAACAGUUCUUAGAUGAGAGAUUGGACUAGAAGAUUCUGUAGGAUUCGAGAGAGAGAGAGAAAGAUUGAGAGAAAGAGAGAGAGAGGGAGAGAGAGAGAGAUUGAGAGAGAGAGAGAGAUUGAAAGACAGAGAGAUUGAGAGAGAGAGAGAGAGAGAGAGAGAGAGAGAGAGAGAGAGAGAGAGAUUGAAAGACAGAGAGAUUGAUAGAGAGAGAGACAGAGAGAGAGAGAGAGAGAGAGAUUGAAAGACAGAGAGAUUGAAAGACAGAGAGAGAGAGAUUGAGAGAGAGAGAGACAGAGAGAGAGAGAGAGAGAUUGAAAGACAGAGAGAUUGAAAGACAGAGAGAGAGAGAGUUUCUUUGAUUGAUAACUUUUCCAUCUGAUGGCCUUAAGGUUCAGUCGUAAACGGGUCCCUAGUUUAGAUUAUUAACCAAAUUACAGUAAACAUACCGACACAAUAGACAUUCCAUGUUAUUAGUAUGUUUUACUGGUAUAUAUGUUAUUCCAUGUUAUUAGUAUGUUUGACUGGUAUAUAUGUUAUUCCAUGUUAUUAGUAUGUUUGACUGGUAUAUAUGUUAUUCCAUGUUAUUAGUAUGUUUGACUGGUAUAUAUGGCCAUGCCUUUAACAGAAAGGUAGCCAAUCAACUAUGCAUAAACAAUCUUUUUUGUUGUUGAAAUAAUGUAGUCGUUGAAAAGCUUUAAAUAUCCCUGACCAGUUAGUGCUGUGUAAUGGAACCUGUUAAAACUAUGCUAUUGUUGCUGUGGUGAGAAAGGAUUUGGGGAGAGAAACUGGAAGAAGUCUGUCUUGUGUUACAGAGUCCUGUCUAUACAGAUUAAAUACAACUCUUCAUGAUA